UAUUAUAACGCAGCUAGAGGAAUUCAUAUUUGAACAGUCGAGGGAAAAAUUGCAGCGUUCAACUGAUAUUAUUAUGUCGGAAAAAGAUAUUGCCAGACAAGUAUUACGUGGUUAUAUAGACAGGGAAAUCGACUUAGAAAACCAAUUAAAAGAGAUAUUGAUUAGGCGUAAGACAACAACAGUGGCAGAAGAUGGAGACUUUUUUAAAAUCCGCCGAGAGCAAAUGGAAAAACAAAAGAAAAUUGCAAAAAAAAGGAAUGAAACGUUUUUAAAAGAUCUCGAACACACUACUGCAAAAUUAAGAGCAUCUCUAGCUUGCGACGAUCUCACCGACAAAAAGUUAGACAAUGAACGCAAAAAGUUUACAGAUUAUAUCAGGCAAACACGUAAACAGUCUGUUUAAUACUUACAUUAUAUAUAUAUAUAUCAGUACAUGUGCCUUACAAGAAGCUGUUUUUGACGUGUAUAGAUACUGUGAUACUGUGAUAUUUUAUCAACAAAUCAAAUUUUAUAAUAUGGAUUUAAUUUAAUAACAUGGCUUUUUCACAAAUUAAAUGUAAAUCCGUAGGAGUAUUGUACAUAUUUAAUCAUUAUAAUAAGAAACCUUUUGAGAAAAUAAUACCAACAAAUCGUUACAUGCGAUUACACAAUAUAGAAAAAAUUGUAAGCGAUUAAAGUUUCUUUUGUUGAUAUUGAUUUAUAAUUUUUUGUAGUUCUGUUUCUGUAAAUAUGUAUAAUUAUUUUAUAGGUUACCUACUUGAAGGUUAUAGUCUUGCGUUUACUGUGUAACAAUUUGACCUAUAAUUUCAUAGUUUAAAUAAAUCAUGAUUUACUUAUUUUUAAGGCUCGGAUUUUAAUGUAUUUGCAUCUUUUGUAUGGAAUGUUUUACACGAUUCUUUCCUAGUUACAAAUGUGUUUCAAGUACUUCGUGUUCUGAUCACAACAUUUUUAUGAAGCAUUUUUUGAUGUUUUUAACGCAUUUUUAAU